AUGAAUCCGAUCCGUGAGAGGUUAGCGGCGGAAGCUCAAGACUGGCAGAGAGCAGUCGCUGCAUGUAAUCUCUCCGAUAAGACAGUACAUGGAGCGGAGCUUGCUUCAGCCUCCCAAAUGGGACGAGACCAGUUCCUGCUUCUGCGGGUUUUAUGGAAGACCUACACACGCGGCCCAUUGCGGCUGCAAACCAUGUUUGGUAUGGCUGAGUGGCUCAGCCGUGCCGAGGAGAUGCUGAAGCACCAUAACUCCUGGAGGGCUUUUUGUGACGGGUUCGCACCCUCGGUGAUCCCCGAGGGAGACUUUGCCAUCCCUCGACUGUACCAAUUAGAGGCAACAAAAACAAACCCAUCAACCGGUUCUCACCAACUGGCCACCCCGAUAAUACGCCGAACUCGCCAGCGCCAACUUCAAGAAAAGCUGGCAAACCUGUACCUCGCGACGCCUUCGAAGAACCCGACACAGACGUACGAUACACCUGUCGUCCAGGGGACGCCCGAUGAUGAUGAUGAUGAUGAUGAUGCGAUAUUCAAGGAUGAGCCAUCGCCAUUUCAACCAAUAAGUCCCACACCCAAGGACUUAGAGAGUAACCUGUACCCCCCUAGUAAGGAUGAACAGAUCGUGAAUAUUGCCUUGGUGGUGUUUUUGAAUGCGCUUACCAUGCGCUUUAACCUCUCCUCUAGCUGGACAAUGCACCGAAUAGCCUUGACUGCGCAGUUCGAAGCGGCUCAAUUCGAGGCCAGGACAGAUAGCUACUUGGUCGAUUCGCAUGGAAAGCCAACUGUUCUGAUCGAAGUGAAACCUGUACGAAGAUCCACGAAGAUGGUACCUAUUCAGAUACAAGAGUCCGCCCAGAUGGUUGCCUGGAUUAAAAGCGAUGGUGACUUGGCCCAAAGUCGAAAAGUCCGUUUCCACAUCUCCCAAGAUAGGCACGAGAUUUAUGUCACUGUUGCUGAAUACAACGACGACUAUCUGGCAUACCUGAAUAGUCCACAGCCCCCGCGUAACGAAUCUACCAGCCAGAGAUUAAGUGGAGAAGAGCCUCCCAAGCCUCCGGAGCCACCCCUGGCAUUCCUGACAAUGCACCAGUUCGGCCCUUUUGACACGUUGCUUGCUUCUCAUAUCCGUGAGAUAGGGCCUAUCCUUCUGGCCAUUACUCUUCGAGCCGAAGCAGAAAGCUCACAGGUAGUGUGA